ACACACACUACACCACAUCCAAACACACUUGACAGGGUGGAGCGCUGUGAGAAACUGGCUGCUCCACCAGGCGACCUCUGAGUCAGCCUGUGUGAGUGGAGGAAUUUCAUUUUCACAGAGAAUUUAAUAAACUGUCCAUUUUCAAUCUAAAGUAUUUUGUAAUGCUGACAUCGCUGGUUGUCUAAGGUUUGUUUCUAUAACUGAUGUGUCUAAAAGGAAUAUUGAGGAACUAUCAGUGGAUUCCUUCAGGAUAUUGUGACGGGUUAUGACACAGGUUUCGUGUUGAUUGUUUGUCUUCGGUUCUCUUGGUUAAACAAAAUAAUUCAUAGCCGUACAUAGGCAUCAGUGACCCACAUGUCAAGGGACAACAAAGGUUUACUUCUGGUGCAAAAUCAAAGUCAGCUGAAGUUCAAGUGGAGUUAACCGUAUUUACAAAGAUAGCAAACAAACAGAUGAGUCACAUUUUGCUGUACAGGAAACGAGAAACACAUAAUUACAUAAAAAGAAGACAGAUGUACAGAGAGGAAUCAUCCUGGCUCUUGUGCUAUUAAAAUAUUUAGUUUAUUUGUUUUUUUUAACUCAGAGAAUCAGGUGAAUUUUGGGAGUUUAGGAGAAUAUUUGUGGAUCAAAGAGCAGACUUUUUUAAAUUCCGUUUUACCUUUAUUUGACUUUUAGAAAGAAGAAGAAAUAUAUGUGCAGACGGAGCAACGGAGCGGAAAUGUCACGGGCCGGACUGGACUUCUUAAUGCAGAGAUGUUUAAAAUACAGUGAAUGAAAUGUUAAACAGCAGUGGCAGGGUCACGGUGCAGUGACAGUAAUUGUAGAAUGUGUAUGUGUGUGUGCUUUGUUUGUGAUGUUGGCCUUAACUCCGCUGUACUCCGUUUGAAUGGAUGAUCCUCACCACCAUCAUCGCAAACUGCAUCGUCCUGGCUCUGGAGCAGCACCUUCCCGAUGGAGACAAGACGCCUCUGUCUGAACGACUGGAGGAGACGGAGCCCUACUUCAUAGCCAUCUUCUGUUUUGAGUCUGGGAUAAAGAUCCUAGCUCUGGGUUUUGCGUUACAUAAGGGCUCCUACCUGAGGAACGGCUGGAACGUCAUGGACUUCGUGGUUGUGCUCACUGGUAUUUUGUCGUCAGUGGGGUCUCAGCUUGAUCUGAGGACGCUACGAGCUGUCAGAGUGCUGCGGCCUCUUAAACUGGUGUCUGGAAUUCCCAGCCUGCAGGUGGUUCUCAAGUCCAUCAUGAAGGCUAUGAUCCCCCUGCUGCAGAUCGGCCUGCUGCUGUUCGUGGCCAUCCUCAUGUUCGCCAUCAUCGGCCUGGAGUUCUACAUGGGAAAAUUCCACACCACCUGCUAUAGUGAAGUCACAGGAGAUGUCGUGGAUGAAGUGCCAUGUGGCAACGAGUUGCCGUCGCGGUUGUGUCCUAAUGGCACAGUGUGUAGAAAAGGCUGGCUUGGACCCAACUACGGCAUCACCCAGUUCGACAACAUCUUGUUCGCCGUGCUCACCGUCUUCCAGUGCAUCACCAUGGAGGGAUGGACAGACAUGCUCUACUAUAGCAACGAUGUGGAGGGCAGUGCCUGGAACUGGAUGUACUACAUCCCCCUCAUCAUCAUCGGCUCCUUCUUCAUGCUCAACCUGGUGCUGGGUGUACUCUCAGGUGAAUUUGCCAAAGAGAGAGAGCGAGUGGAGAACAGGAGUGAGUUCCUCAAGCUGAGGCGACAGCAGCAGAUUGAGAGAGAGCUCAACGGAUACCUGGAGUGGAUCUGCAAAGCAGAGGAGGUGAUUCUGGCUGAGGAAGAUGCCACAGGGAACUUUGAUGGUACGAGGCGAAGGCCAACCAUCAAAACCAAAAACAACAAGACGGAGCUGCUGAACCCUGAGGAAGGAGAGGACAACAUGGGAGAUGCAGUAGGUUUUGCACGCUCCAGUAUUAAGAGCGGGAAAGAUGGCUCCAGUUACAGUAAGAAAGAGCGACGGAUGCGAUUCUUCAUCCGCAAGAUAGUGAAGACGCAGGCUUUCUAUUGGACGGUGCUCUGCCUGGUGGGCCUCAAUACCAUCUGUGUGGCUGCAGUGCAUUACAACCAGCCUGAGCUGCUCUCUGACUUCCUCUUCUAUGCAGAGUUUAUCUUCCUCGGUUUGUUCAUGUCGGAGAUGCUGAUCAAGAUGUAUGGUCUGGGCAUCCAGCCCUACUUCCACUCCUCAUUCAACUGCUUUGACUGUGUGGUAAUUGUGGGCAGUAUCUUCGAGGUUGUGUGGGCCACCAUUAAACCAGGCACAUCUUUCGGUAUCAGUGUGCUGCGAGCUCUGCGACUGCUCCGCAUCUUCAAAGUCACCAAAUACUGGGCUCCUCUUCGAAACCUGGUGGUCUCUCUGCUAAACUCCAUGAAGUCCAUUGUCAGUUUGCUAUUCCUCCUCUUCCUCUUCAUCGUGGUUUUUGCCUUGCUGGGGAUGCAGCUGUUUGGAGGACAGUUCAACUUUGAAGGCGGAACCCCACCCACUAACUUUGAUACUUUUGCAGCGGCAAUCAUGACGGUGUUUCAGAUCCUGACAGGAGAGGACUGGAACGUGGUGAUGUACGAUGGCAUUGAGUCCCAGGGAGGAGUGAAUGACAAAGGGAUGGUCUUCUCCAUCUUCUUUAUUGUCCUCACACUCUUUGGAAACUACACUCUGCUGAAUGUCUUCUUGGCCAUCGCUGUGGACAAUCUGGCCAACGCCCAGGAACUUACCAAGGACGAGGAGGAACAAGAGGAGGCAGCCAACCAGAAGACAGCGCUACAGAAGGCAAAGGAGGUGGCAGAGGUCAGCCCGCUGUCUGCUGCUAACCUCUCUAUUGCUGCUAAGGAGCAGCAGAAGAACCACACCAAGGGCAACAAGUCGGUGUGGGAGCAGAGAACAAGUGAGAUUCGCAGACAGAACCUGAUGACGAGUCGCGAGGCGCUCUACAAUGAGCUGGAGCAGGAUGACUGGAAGGUGGGAGGGGAGGGAGAGGAGGUGUCCUACCCACGAAAAGCACGCGGUGACAUGAAAACCCACUUGGAUCGGCCCCUGGUGGUGAACCCACAGGACAACCGCAACAACAACACCAACAAGACCCAACCUGGUGAGCUGCCUCUGGACCAGGAAUACCAGCGUCAAGACAUAGACCACUGCCGUCGUGCCGCCCACUACUACCACUACCACCACCGUCCCCAUCAGAAUGCCAUCGGGCCACACAGCGCAGAGACAGGCCAGCUGACGGAGACCCGCAUGGAGCACGGCUUCAGCUGCACGUCUCUGGGCAACACUGAGGGGAGCGUGGAGGGCCAUCAGGGGGAGGAAAGGCACAGCCACCGCAGCCAUCGAGGCCAUCGGCACAGGAACAGGGAAUGCAGGGAGGCUCGCAGCGUUUCUCCCCACCACAGCGAGGGGAUGCAGGGCAACAACGAGCACAGGAGGUCCAGACAGCAUCGCAGGGCAGCAAGGGAGGGGGAGGAGGGCAGACGACACCGAUCCAGGGGGACAGAGGGCGAGGGGGACAGAGGCGAGGACGGGGAGGGAAGAAAGACGAGACGACAUCGUCAUGGCAACCAGGAAAGAAGCAGAGGCCAUCGCAUGAGAAAGGAGCACCACAGCACCGGCCCCAACCUCUCCACCACACGACCCAUACAGCAGUACAACGAGGACUUGGACAACUUCCGCAACAACAGCAAACUGGCCAGCGCCCACGAGCAUCCUUAUGCUCUCCCACCAGAUCACCCCGACCAUCCCGACCACGUUAACAACCUGCUCAACUGUCGUGACGCUGACACCCACACCCUGCUUCACAGCAUGGACAGCCUCAUCCUGACUAGCAUGGCCAAACCCGAGUACACAACCAUAGACAUGCCCCCUGUCUACCCCUACCCCUCAACCAAUGCCAUCUUACAAGUGAACAAGAAUGCCAACACCGACCAGAAGAAGAGCGAGGAGAAGAAGGAGGAGGAGGACGAGGGUGGAGAUGAAGAUGGUCCCAAACCAAUGCCUCCCUAUAGUUCCUGCUUUAUAAUGUCUACCACCAACCCGUUUCGGAAAUGCUGUCACUACAUCCUGACUCUGAAGUAUUUUGAGUUCAGCAUCCUGUCUGUCAUCGCUAUGAGCAGCAUCGCCCUCGCUGCAGAGGACCCUGUCUGGCCUGACUCACCACAAAACAAUGUGCUGCGUUAUUUUGACUACGUUUUCACAGGCGUCUUCACAUUUGAAAUGUUGAUCAAGAUGGUGGUGCUGGGCUUGUUUCUCCAUCAGGGCUCCUACUUUCGCGAUCUGUGGAACAUUCUGGACUUUAUAGUGGUUAGUGGUGCUCUGGUGGCCUUCGCCUUCACGGGGAGCAGCAAAGGCAAAGACAUCAGUACAAUCAAAUCACUGCGUGUGCUGAGGGUGCUGCGUCCUCUUAAGACCAUCAAACGUCUGCCCAAGUUAAAGGCUGUCUUUGACUGUGUGGUCAACUCACUGAAGAAUGUGCUGAACAUCUUGAUCGUCUACAUGCUCUUCAUGUUCAUCUUCGCUGUGGUGGCCGUGCAGCUUUUCAAGGGUCGCUUCUUCUUCUGCACGGAUGAAUCCAAAGAGUUUGAGCGUGAUUGCAGGGGCGAGUACUUGGUAUAUGAUAGAGAAAAAGUUGAAGCUCAGAAGCGGGAGUGGAAGAAGUACGAUUUCCACUACGACAAUGUGGCUUGGGCCUUGCUCACCCUCUUCACUGUAUCCACUGGAGAGGGGUGGCCGCAGGUGUUAAAACACUCAGUGGACUCCACCUAUGAGAAUCAGGGCCCGAGCCCGGGAUACAGGAUGGAAAUGUCCAUCUUUUACGUGGUGUACUUCGUUGUCUUCCCCUUCUUCUUCGUAAACAUCUUUGUGGCUCUCAUCAUCAUCACCUUCCAGGAACAGGGCGAUAAGAUGAUGGAGGAUUACAGCUUAGAAAAGAAUGAGAGAGCCUGUAUCGAUUUUGCCAUCAAUGCCAGACCUCUGACUCGCCACAUGCCGAAGAAUAAACUGAGCUUCCAGUAUCGCAUGUGGCAGUUUGUGGUGUCUCAGCCCUUCGAGUACAGCAUCAUGGCUCUGAUAGCGCUCAACACCAUCGUCCUCAUGAUGAAGUUUGACGGUGCAUCAGACACCUACAAUGAUGUCCUUAAAAACCUCAACAUCGUCUUUACCACUUUCUUCUUCAUGGAAUCAGUCCUCAAGAUCAUCGCUUUUGGCCCUCUGAAUUACUUCAGAGACGCCUGGAACAUUUUUGAUUUUGUCUCGGUCCUUGGAAGCAUCACUGACAUAUUAGUGACAGAACUUGGGAAUAAUUUCAUAAAUUUGAGCUUCCUGAGGCUGUUCAGAGCAGCUCGCCUUAUCAAGCUGCUGAGACAGGGAGAGACCAUCCGCAUCCUUUUGUGGACGUUUGUUCAGUCCUUCAAGGCUCUGCCAUAUGUGUGUCUGCUCAUUGCCAUGCUCUUCUUCAUCUAUGCCAUCAUUGGCAUGCAGUUGUUUGGUAAUCUGGCACUAGAUGAGGAGGGAGAGAGUGCCAUCAACGAGCACAAUAACUUCAGAACUUUCAUUAUGGCCCUAAUGCUGCUCUUCAGGAGCGCUACUGGUGAGGCGUGGCAUGAGAUCAUGUUGGCUUGCCUAGGCGGUAAAGAAUGUGACCCGGCCUCAGGGAACACAGAACCCGAGUGUGGCAGCACCUUCGCCUACACCUACUUUGUCUCUUUCAUCUUUCUGUGUUCUUUUCUGAUGCUGAAUCUGUUUGUGGCUGUCAUCAUGGACAAUUUCGAGUACCUGACCAGAGACUCUUCUAUCCUGGGGCCACAUCACCUGGACGAGUAUGUAAGGAUUUGGGCCGAGUACGACCCUGCUGCUUGCGGCCGGAUCAGUUACACAGACAUGUAUCAGAUGCUAAGACACAUGUGUCCGCCGCUAGGCCUUGGGAAGAGGUGUCCCGCCCGGGUCGCCUAUAAGAGACUGCUGCGCAUGGAUCUGCCGGUUGCCGAUGACAACACAGUGCAUUUUAACUCAACCCUCAUGGCUCUAAUCAGGACAGCUCUGGAUAUAAAGAUUGCCAAGGGUGGUGCAGACAAGCACCAGAUGGAUGCAGAGCUGAGAAAGGAGAUGAUGGCUAUUUGGCCGAACUUAUCGCAGAAGACGCUGGACUUGCUGGUUACACCGCACAAGGCAGCCACAGACUUGACGGUGGGCAAAAUCUACGCCGCCAUGAUGAUCAUGGAAUACUACCGGCAGAGCAAGACGAAAAAGCUGCAGGCCCUGCGAGAAGAACAGAACCGACCGCCAUUAAUGUUUCAGCGCAUGAAGCCGCCCUCUGAGGGAGGGGGCACGGAUGUCCAGGGGGGGCAGGGCCAGAACGGCCUCCCCAGCACCCAGCCGGACAACAUGAACAGCAUACCUCCUGAGGGUGGCAUGACUGAGAGCCAGUCGUGGAUGACAACCAAAGCCCAGGAAAUGUUCCAAAAGACGGGUAACUGGAGCCCUGACAGACCCUACCCUGAUGACCCCCACGACAACCGCCACAACCCCCAGACGGUAGAGAUGAGGGAGAUGGGGCGGGACGGGUACUCCGACACUGAGCCCUAUCACCCAAUGGAUGGGCAUGGGCGGACCCUCUCCAUGCCCCGCCUCUCGGCAGACAACCAAAGAGCUCAUGCUGUUUCGCGGAGACGACACAGGCCUCGCGGAAAUAACCUCAGUACCAUCACUGACACCAGUCCAAUGCAUCGCUCCACCUCCAGCCUGGUCCACGGGCGCUCAGGCCGGGGCGUGAGGCUGGAUGACUACUCUCUGGAGAGGGUGGUGUCUGAGGAGGGGAGACAUGGAGGAGGACGAAGGCACAGGGAAAGAAGUCACCGCACCUCCCAGCGCUCCCUGACCAGAUACACCGACGCAGACACAGGUCUGGGCACAGACCUCAGCACCACCACACAGUCAGGUGACCUGCCACCCAAGGAGCAUGAGCGGGACCGCGGUCGGACCAAGGACCGCCGUCACCACCACCAUCAUCAUCAUCAUCACAGCUCUAUGGACAAGGAGCACUAUGGCCCUGACCGGCAUGAUUACCCCCACAGGCAUCCUCAUGACCGCCACUGGUCCCGGUCGCCCAGUGAGGGGCCUGAUGGACGGGGUCCCAGACAGGGCAGUAGUUCGGUGAGCGGCAGCCCGGUCCCCUCCACCUCGGGGACCAGCACUCCACGGAGAGGCCGUCGCCAGCUGCCCCAGACCCCUGCUGUCCCGCGUCCACAUGUCACCUACUCCCCUGCCGUCCGCAAGCCCAGCUAUGGCCCCCCGGGGCCGGGUCGCCUGCGUUCGCCCUCCCCCCGACACUUCUCCCCACCAGACCACGACAGAGGCUACCACCACCGACCCCCGUCACGCCACGCCUCUCCCCACCACGGGGGGUCCUCAUCCCGGCAUGGUUCACCGCACUCCCCUAGGCAUCAGUCCCCGCGCUCACCCCUCCACGGUUCACCGCGGUCCCCUCACCGAAGCCGCUGGAGUGGGCCUCCACCUGGGGACAGCCUGGAGGGUGAUGGGCCCUUCUACGAGAGAGAUUAUGAGUAUGAGCGACACCACGAGCCUCCUGCCUACGAGCAGAGCCUGUCCCAUGGAAACCCACACCCACAUGGAGGAAAUCCUCACCCACACCCACGCUCUCCUAGGACUGCCCGCCACGGGCCCCCUCCGCCCCCUCACCCGCAUCCACGUAGGGUACCCAACGGCUACCGCUCAUCCUCACCUUCCCCACAUCGGCGGGGACCACCAGGGGCGCCACCCCACCCACACCACCGACCCCCCCAUGCCAGAGGGCCCCGCAAGGGCCUGCAUGAACCUUAUAGCGAGACGGAUGAGGAUGACUGGUGCUAGCGACCACAGAGAGCAACGCAUAAGGCAGGAGAGGAGAAGAAGAACAGCAGCCUCCAGUGCUCUGGCCUUGGAUAUCUAGACUUUUAAUAAAGCACUGGAGGUGGAAAUGUUGGGAGGGAUUGGAUACCCUCAAAACCCUCUACCUUCACCCCUCAGACUCUAAAUAAGCAGAAGUGGUGGAGGGGAGAGGGAGGUUGAAGGUGCUGCAAAUAGCCUUUUACACCAAAUGUGUAAGACUCAAAUCGGUGACAGAGCAGCGCAUUGUUAAAAUGAAAAAGAGACCGCCAAAGACAACUUGGGCAAAGCAUGGGUACAGCUUACCUCUGCCUCUCUCAGUCUCAGAACUAUACCUCCCACAGUCGGCCUUGACGACGAAGGUCGAGCUGCAGGAGGAACAGAGAUGUGUGGGAUGUGAUCAUUGCGGUUUAUGAGGCCUAAAAGCACUUCUCCCAGACUGAUGCCUGAUUGCUUAGAUUUGCUGUCUGUCGCUGGCCAGACUAGUACUGUCAAAGCCUGAAAAUGAGCUGGAACACAGAGUCCACUGCUGGGACUCUGCUCCCAGACAGAUAUGUUUAAAGAAAAAUAAAUUAAUAAAAAGCCAGGACCCCCCUAACCCUUACAUACCAAGCUAUGCCUCCAGAAAAUCAAACUUGAACAAUGAAGAACACAAUGAAACUUUACAUGACAAACAAUGAAAUGAAAAAAAAAGGGAGAACAACCACUUUAUCUUUAACCUUUUUCCUUUCCAAGGGACAGAACCAGGAAGCUCCGCCUAUACUGCAAAAACCAGCCAAUCACAGCACUGGCUGAUAUUUGAUGAGUUUUAUCAUCUCUGUUUACUGUUAAAGACUCACUCAAUGCUGACGGAACUGCUGUGACAUCACUUCCUGUCCAGCCGGUGGCGGUGGUAGUGGAUGGGGGCGAGGCACAGUGUGGGAGUGUUCUGGAGGGGUGGGCUCAGCUAACUAGAGAAGGGAACCGAACACAUUGUCAAGCCCCUACCUCCUCUGUAACUCGACCUGGCGCACGGCAAAAGAUCACCUGACAGGAACUGACAUCACACAGUUGAAUGGGGCGGAGGAGAGGAAAGGAGGGAUGGGAAAAAGACUAAUUUCUUCAGUAUUUCUUCUAUCGAUUACUUCUCCUUCUUGUUCUUCUUCGGACAUUGGAGCUUGGUUCUUCUGUUGCAUUCGCUCAGCCUCCUUUGAUCUUUUUCGGAGUCCAAAAUUUGAUGGAAACCUGCAUGAUUGAUUAAAUACAUACUAGAGAGGAAACCUAACUGGUGUGGGUGGGAACUGGGGGCUUUAUAGUAAACUUUGCAUUUAGGUUUACAAAAGAAGUUCUCUUCUUUCAAACGCUCUCUCUCUCAUACGUCUCAAAAGAAUUUUUUUGGUUCUCUUUCACCCGAAACAGAUUUUGGCAGUCGACUGUUCUGUUUGUCUCAGUUUUCUGGCCAAAGCUCAGUUUCUGCAACGGAAAAGAAACACUGCAGGAUCACAUUAAAGUUACCUGUUGUGCUUAAGAAACAAGAGGGAGAAAGAGUGGAGAGAAGCGAACCUCUACCACACUUCAUUUAUUAUUGUUAAUGAUGACAGUCUUAUGAAUAAUGAUAUCAAUGUCAAUGCAAAAUGAUGAUGACGACGAUGAUCCUGGUGAUGAUUGAUUGAUAGAACUGUUGCUGUAGAUUUGUUGUCAUGUUAUUUAGAGUUCAAGUAUGCUAUGUCCAUCUUGUUUACAUCCGUUAUGUUUUUAUCCCCCGUUCAAAUGACGUUUACUGGGUUCCUGAUGCCUUCACGCAACGUUUCGGGGCAGUGACCGCUUGGGAACAUUCACUUAGCAGCAUUGCGUGUUGUAACGCAACUCUUAAGAUACAUUCGCUCUCCAGAAUGGUGGCGGUCAGGGGAGUCUCAGUAUCUGACCUGCAAUGAUUCAUGGGGUCAGUACUCUUAGUGCUCUGUCAAGCCAACCCAAAGAACAAUGAUUCAUGUUCAGAGCAAGGGGUAGAAUGGAUUAUUGAGAGUGGGAAAGACUCUAUCUGCAUUUCACACUUAAGAAGUUUCAGAAAAGUCCGUUUUACAGAGGUUCAAGUUCUACCUAGGCUGAACUCUCCCAUUUGCAGCCAAAAAAGAAAAAAACAGUGAAUCUCAAUCUUUGCCCUCUGUUCGGCUCUGUAGUUUCAUGGUGAGAUCAGUUGCCAGAAAUAACAGCACAGUAUUGGUGGUA